ACAAUUUUUAUUUUUACUCCAUAUGAUAUCUGCGUAAAGUGGACGUUAAGAUCAUGGCCAGUUUAAGAAAAUUUUCUGCUCACCUGCUCAGAACACGAAUAUGUCAUCCAAUGUUGCUUGACCGAUGUGACAGUUACAAGUUUAGAUCGGUUACACCUGUAAAAUAUCUGACAAAUUCAGUACAAGGAAAUCAACAGUGUUACACAUUAAAUAUGUCAAAGUAUUAUACAACAAGUAGACCUCUCUUAUCUGACGAGGUUAAAAAGGCCCAGGGGGCAAAGAGGAGGGGAGAACCAACCAUUUUCUCUAAGAUUGUCGAUAAGUCAAUCCCAGCAGAUAUCAUUUAUGAAGAUGAACUGUGCCUGGCUUUCCGAGAUGUUUCACCACAAGCCCCUGUGCACUUUUUAGUGAUUCCAAAGUCCCCAAUACCAGGAAUCAGUGAUGCAGUCAUACAGAAUAAAGAGCUUUUAGGGCACAUUUUAUUGACUGCUAAGAAAGUUGCAGAGCAAGAGAAUCUAUCAAAUGGAUAUAGAUUAGUAAUUAAUGAAGGACCAGAUGGGGCUCAGUCUGUACAUCAUCUUCACAUACAUGUUAUGGGAGGCAGACAGAUGAACUGGCCACCUGGAUGAUAUCUUUGAAUGUGGAGACACAGAGAUUAUUGAUAAAGUCAUUU